GCAAGGACAAUUAUCCGGGGAUGUCUAGCGGUAGAAAAGCGACGCGACCCGUCAGGCAGCUGUCGUUACAGCAACCCGUGCCGCGUCGACAACACAUCAGACGACAGAGAUCGGCGGAGGACGAUUGCAGCAAGUCUUUGCAGAUCUACGCAAAUCCGAUUGCGCGUGGAAGAUUAGGGGCGAAUGCGACGGAGAAGCCCAAGGUGCGAGUUGCUUGGGGCGAUGAUCGUCACGGCUGCGAUAAUCUGGCCCAGGUGGAGGUGGUGGCUCGGCAGAUCCCGAGUCGAUCUAGACCGACUACAGGUCGAUCUGGAAGGGCUUAUGCUACCACGGAGAAGGCGUCGAUUCUUUACUCGCGGCAGGAGCUUGCCGAGAGAUUGCGACUCGCGUGGAAGCACCGGGAGCAGAACAAAGCAAACAUUGAUAUUUUCCUGGCACAUGGCGUGGCAGUGGAGGAACGCUGCGAUUCCCAACUAUCGAUAUCUAUUCCGUCGUCCCCUCUUUCCAGGAAGGAGCCUAACAGUAUUCGGGAUGAAGGAAAGAGUCAGCAGAAUCUGGCAGUGCCGAGCAACUUGGGAGAUCGAGGGAAGGAAACGCGUGAAGAUCAUGAUAAGGGAGAUGAAAGAUUAUGCGAGACGAAGCUGGAGUCUGCGUCUCGAUUAAUUGAGAAUGAUUUGUUAACGAAAAGAGAUGAGAAAAUAGCGGAAAGCGUGGAAAAGGAAGGAAGAGAUAACGAGAAACCGGAUUUGCUCGAUAAUGUGGACAUCGAAGAGAAGAAAAAGAAGACACGUAUAAAUAUUGACUGCACGAAUCUUCAUCUUUCAACGACCGAUCAGUCGCAACCAUCGACCGCUUUUUCAUUAUUAAAAACGGAAAAUGCGGAUCCGGCAAAGAUCAACAGCGAUUUCUCGUUGGCAAAGCAAAAACGCGCAAGUUUCCACAGCGGUACCAAUCGCGCCUUUCUCGUGCCGAUGGUGGAGAAGUCUCCGAAAGGGCCGGAAGCGAAGAGUAAGCUCGCACCGGCCAAAUCGAUCGAGAUCAGAUGCGCUUCGGCUGAUAAGACCACGAUGAGAUCGCCGAUCGACAAGAAUGUCAUUCUCACGAGAAGCUCGUCCACGGCGAGCCUGGAAAAAGCAAAAAGGACGAAUUCCGCACCGCCGCAGAGGCGAAAUCUCGCAUCCGCAGCACGUGUGCAGGUGAACAUCGUGAUCGACGCACCAAGUCUCGCCGAUGAAGCUACAGAUAAGUUGAUCGUUUGUGAAAAAAUGCAGGAUGGAAAAGACACCGUGGAAAAGUACGAGGACUGUGCGAUGAAGAUAUCGCGAGGGGAGCGAUCGAUAAGAUCGGCGCCUCUGAAGAGGCGAUCGAGAAGCGCGAAGAGGCGUUUUCUUGCCUCGUCAGGCCCGGGCAAGGACGAGGAUCGCGGUGGACGAGGGAAGGCUUUCAUGGAUCCCAAAACGAGCGACGUGGUUACGAUGGUGUCGCUGGUUAGUUCGGCUGACAGCGACAGCGACGUGGAGAAUUCGCCGGGCGAUGAUAAGCUUAUCAAUGAGUUGCGCAGCAAACUACCCACCACGCCUAUCAUCAAGACAUCCAUCAAUCCCAACCCCACGACGGCGAGGAAGCCUAUCAAGUCAGUUUCCUUUCAGAGGGACUCGUUCGACGAGGAGCCGACGAAGGAGGAAAAGCGAAUCAUUAGUAACGUUCAACUUCCUCGUUUCGGUCUCGCCGUUAACAUCACUCACGGAAAUAACAGUGAGGACGUGGAGGAACAGGACAGCAAGACUGUCAUCGAUACUGUCAUUGCAAUACCGACGCUGGCCGUCGAACCUGUGCUAAUUCAACAGGAUACCGAGAGGAUGGUACCGGAGGCACCGUUGACUGAUCGCGAGAAGAGAUGCCUGGCAGUGCCGAUCGGCGAUCUGCACGACAAGAAACGGAAACUGCUGCGAACACGCAGCACACCUAGCCGCCCGAUAGUAGCAGAGCGGACGAAUAAUGUACUGAUGGAGGCAAAAGAGCAGAGGAUAUCUCUCGCGAUAUCGCGAGUCGAUCUCGUCGCGAUUCCAACUCCGUCGAUCGACGCACCGCUUUCGAAAGUCGAGCAAUUUCCUAAAGAGACGAUAUCGGCAAAAGAGACGCCACCAGAGGUGAUACUGCCGUCGGAGCCACAUUUUCAAACGACCAAGGAAAAGGAAUGCUGGCAUCUCUACAGGCGGAUGUGUGAUAAGGGUGUGUGCGUGUCCUUCGACACAGUUCUAAGAGGCAUGCUAACACCGACGGAGUAUCGACUGCGACAGAAGGAAUGUUCACAGGAUUUGCAAUGAGAUGUUGAAUUGUUUUUUUAUUGACGUUUGUAGAUAUCUUUUUUA